CCCAGUCGGUGUAAUCUUCUCGGCGCGCCCGCUGGCGGGCGGGGAGCCUGUGACCCCGGGUUCCCUGCGGGGAAGGCGCUGCUUAUCGGGAAUGUGGCGUCCCCCUGAGGCACGAUGGUCCGGGACUACACCGGAUGAACGAGCUGCAGCGGCGCCUCGGGCCCGGGGGCCUGGUUGUGCUCAGCUUCCGGUGCAACCAGUUUGGACAUCAGGAGAACGCCAGGAACGAAGAGAUUCGGAAUUCCCUCAAGUACGUCAGACCAGGUGGUGGGUUCGAGCCCAGCUUCAUGCUCUUCGAGAAGUGGGAGGUGAACGGUGCGGAGUCGCGCCCUCUCUUCGCCUUACUGCAGGAGGCCCUGCCAGCGCCCAGCGACGAUGCCACUGUGCUUAUGACCGACCCCAAGCUCCUGACAGGGUCUCCGGUAGGCCGCAACACUGUUGUAUGGAACUUUGAGAAAUUCCUGGUGGGCCCUGACGGUGUCCCCGUGCGCAGGUACAGCCGCCGCUUCCAGACCAUUGACAUCGAAGUCCUGCUGUCCCAAGAACCCAGGUAUGCCUAGAG